GCCAAGUGAAUACCCAUAAGAAAGGUGAAUAUGGCGAAACAUUUGAUGGAAAACAUAUCCUUAGGCAUAUAAAAAAACAAAUUCAUUGAAACAUUUUGUUUUAUAUUGUUUCGUUGACAUUUUUGUUUAUUCACGUUAUUUUUACAUUUAUUGAGAAAUUUUUAAUGAUUUUUCAAUGUCAUUGAUGUUUUAUGACAAUAAAACGACAACAAGUACGCCACUAAACUAUUCUUAACAAUAAAUCUAUAUAUAUCGAAAGAUUCUUUUCUCUACCUUUAAUCGAAUGGAGUGUCACUUUUUGAACGAAGAGAUAGAGUAAAAAGAAACACAAAAACAAUAUCAUCAAGUUUUCCAUUGACUGAAGUAUAGAAGUUUGUACAAAAAUUCAAUGUCCAGACGCAGUUAAUUACUAUUCGUUGUUUUUCUUGCUGUGUAUAUGUGCUCAAUCUUUUAUCUUGUGCAAUUUGUGCAUAACGAAAACAUAAAAAAAAAUAAAGAAAUAGUUGUUGUUUUUUGGUUCAGUUUAAGUCCGCGUGAGCAAGUCCCAACUGGUCUAUGAAAAAAUGUUCAGGAAGCAACAAUCAGAUUAGGUGCUGUAAUUUGAUCACAAAUGUAACAUUGAUGCACUGAAAAAUGGCAGAAGGCGGCCUAAGCUUAAAUCGAAGCCAGGAGUCAAUCGACGAACGUAGCGGAGAUCAUGAUUCAACCGUUCAAUCAUCACAUGUUUUGCAACGGAUUAAAUCGGAUCGAAUUCCGGUAACAAAACCAGAAGAAGAUCGCCGCAGGCGUACCAUUAUCGUCGAAAAGAAAAAUGGAUCGUUUGGCUUCACACUACAAAGUUAUGGCAUUCAUUAUAAAAAGGAGCAAGAGGUGGAAAUGAUAACUUAUGUGGAUUUCGUAGAAUACGAUGGUCCGGCAUACAAAAGCGGAAUGCGCGAAGGCGAUGUGAUUCUAUCUAUAAAUGGCACUGAUAUGGAAAAGGCUGAUCACAAAACGAUUGUGACAUACAUAAAAAAUUGUGAUUCACGUAUGCGUAUGGUUGUGUUAUUUGAGGACUGUGUACGAAAAGUUGAACUACAUAUGCGAUACAUUCAAUUGCAAAAUGUGUUGCAUUCUAAAAUGAACGAAUUAGAACGAACAUGUUUAAAAGAACGUGAACUACUUGAAGGCAAAAAGAUAUGGAAAACUCAUAGUUUGCCGGCACCACGAAAGAAAGCGUCAUCAGCAGCCGCUGCCGCUGCAGCAUCAAAUGUUUCACCAUCAACCGAAUAUCUAACACCAUCGAUGUCUGAUUUAGAGAAUAUAAAUACAACGGCAUUUCCAAAUGUGCGGCCAAUAUCUGAGGAUGAUUUAACAAAAGCGAAUAAACACAGUCCGAGUGUAAUUGCGCCGCCCGUUCAAUUUAUGUUGGCCACUUAUCAAUAUUUAGAUCCGCAAUGUCGUUAUAUUUUAAAGCCAUCGGCAUCAAAUAGUGGUGAAUAUCUAUUGAGCAUUGGACCACCAGCACGUAGUAAAAGCGAACACCAACAAUUUUAUAAUGCAAAUAGCAUUUCACAUGAUGAACUGAGUGCGUCACAAGAGAAUGUCGAAAAUAAUCAUGAUAAUCAAAAGGAUACACGGUGCAAUUCAAAGCCACGAAAUCACUGCCAUAAACGUUCAUGUAAUCCAUGCUUGGGAUCACAACGUGAUAAACAAAAUAACGGUGAUAACGUUAGCCUUGAUGCAUAUGAUUUGGCCAGUCCGUGUUGUAAUCCAGAAUGUGUACCGAGAAGGUCGAAGCACAAAGAACACAAACAUAAACAUAGGGAUAAAGAUCGUGCACAGCGACCAAGAUCACAGUCACAUGUGUGUCAUAAGAAGCAAGCUGCACAGCAAACAGCACAAUGCAAUCACAUUGAGAAACAUAAUCAUCGUCGUCUGCACAAUUUGAGCAAUCAAUUGGCAUCACGUUGUAGUCUUCAUUCGUGUAUAUCAUCAAGUGAUUUUGACGGAGGUGGUGGCGUCGCUGAAAGUAGUGCCACUUCCUAUACAACAUCAUUGAGCACGGACACACUAUAUUGGGAUCAACAAAGUGAUGCAUCUGCCACAAAUAGUCGACAGCAAUCAAUCAAAUCUCGUCAAUCGUACAAUAGUCUUCAGCACCCAAGCGCAAUGCUAGGUAACGCAAAUGUAAUGCCACAACAUCGACAUCAUCAUCACCAUCAUCAAAAACGAGGCUAUCAUAUUGCUCCGACACAAGGUGGAGCACCGCAACCAAUUCCAAACCAUGAAAAUAUAUCGUAUUAUGAUACACAACAGUACAUUCAACAGAAACCAAAAUCAUGGGAUAAUUUAGCGAUGAAAGCAAUCGGUGGGUAUGGUUUUGGCUAUGGAUAUUUGGAAAAAGCCAAUACAAAGGCACGCACGAAUGUCACGUCAUCGGGAACCGUUCGUACACAUUUUUUAGAAUCGGAAAAUCAAAUAAUGUAUUCAUCGCAAGGAUUGACAACCAAUCGAAAUAUUAACGAAAUUGUCAAUCCAAAUCAUCAACAUAAUUCAGUGCCAAGAAAAAAUCCAUCGGGACGAUAUUCAUUGUUAAAUAUUGAGAAUUAUGCACCGCCACCAUCGCAAUUUGUACAAGAAUUUGCGGCAACAACAACAACCACAUCGUUUACCAAAUCGACCGAUAAUUUAUUGGAUACAUACAAUAAUGUAUCAAAUACGAGCAUCAAUUCAUGUGAAUGUAAACCGGUCGAUUCGCAAAAUAAGAUUUUGAAACACAAACAACAAUCGGAGUGCAUCGGUUAUUAUUCGAAUUUGCCAAAAACAACUGUAUGCAAAACAAUGCCAUUGGCAACAACAAAAGUCAAAAGCAAUGACACAACGGCCAAAAAUUGCGAAACGGUCAGCACUGUUUCCGAAAUAACACGAUUGUAAGUAGGGGGGACAACAGCAAAAGCAACAGAAACAGCACCAACAUCGAUUAUGCUUCAAGUGCAAUACUCCAUAAAAUAUCAUUACCUUGUUACCAAAACAAAUUAUAGUAACGAAGCACAAAUUUUUUUUCCAAUUAUAUGUACAUAUAAGUCGAUAUUUAAGUAUCUGUUACCAUACACACACACACACACACACAAACAGUCAAACACACUCUCACAGUCAAAGCGGUCUAGAAGAAAUACGGCCAACAAAUGAGUGGUAUUUAUUUCUUCAGCAUUAAACAAACAAAUACAAUGAAUUUGCAACCAUCCGUUAUCACAUUUAAGAGUAAUAGAGAAAAUGGAGAGUUUUAAUGCUUUUAAAUGUUGUCUUUUUUAGCCAUUAAUCAUCAUCGAUCAAAUAGAUGACAAAUAAUAAUGAAAAUAUGAUUUUGAUACACAUACAAACAAACACACGCCGAAAAUAUGCAAAUAUCAUCGAUAGCAACUAUAUUCUUGUAGUAUUUUUCUUUUCUUUUCGAGACUUUUUAACAGCAGCUUAAUGAAUAGUGAUAGAUAAUUUUUUUUUCUCGAUGCAACACAUAUUUAAUUAGACGGUCUAAAUCAAAAUAAACGAUAGAAUUUUGAUGGUGUGGACAAUGUUGUUAUAAGAGUAGGACUGAAAGGGAUUCAAAGCGCUGGAAAAAGUGUGGUUUUCGUGUUUGUUUGUCUUCAAAUUACUUUUUUUUUUGUUACGCGUUAAAAUGACACCAGAAUGCUUCCUAGUCAUGCACAACAAAUUUUUUUGCAAUGAAGCAGCACUUCUGUUUGUUAUAAUUGUAUCGAAUUUCUUUGCAUUUUAUUUUGUUACCAAGUAAUUUCUUCUAGUGAAUUUUCAUCAGGGUCUGAUUUCAAAAUGUGAAACGUUUUUUUAUACAUAAUACAAAGAAACAUCUAUUAUUUAUUUAAAAUAAUUUUAUUCAUUAGGAAAAAACAAUGAAUCUCACUAAAAAAGAAAAUGGUAGAGAGUGAGAAAAAAAAAUAAACAGGUACAAUUCGAUCGUUUCGAGAAAAUUAGAUUUAUUUAGAUUGUGAGGGAAAAAAAGUCAUAUAUAUUUUUGUUGAGUCAUGCAUUUUUAUUUAGAUAAAAAUUAAAAUAUGUUUGAUAAUAGUGAGUGGGUUUUUGUAAUUUAUAUGUCAUUCGGAUGAGUUUGGAUCGAAAAUUGAUUAUUGUCAAUGGAAUAUCGAAUAUGAUGGCAAUAAAAUUGUUUAAGUAAAUAAUCGAAUUAAAUCGAGAGAGAGAGAGAAAAAAAAAGAAAUCGAAAAAAGUAAAUGGAAAGAUCGUCGAAAAUAGAUCAAAUAUCUCGCCUUAGAAAUUAGUUCUCAUCGUAGAUAUUUUCAAGCAUCAACACAGUUUGUAAGCAAGAAAUAAAUUGUAUUUUAUAAAGGCCAAAUUUACUUGAAUUCAAUAAAAAGAAAAAAAGAAAAAAGACAAACAUUUCAGUUAA